CUCGGAUAUUUGCUAUCCCUGGCGUAAACUCCUGUCGGUACUUUGCACAGCAUCACUCUACGACCCCACCAUCCAAUAUUGUCCCGUGCCGCGCUGUGGCGAGUACAUAUCUGUCGACAACUUGGUAGCUAUCUGCAUCUGGUUUGCGCUGGUGUGCAUAAGAGCCGCCGAUAUGUUGCCGGUUGGCGGGUCUUGAUCACGUUUCAUUAUUUGCUAUCAGCUUACUUACUUCGGAGUUGGUCUCGCCAUGCAAAGCAAUUGCAGCACUUAUUUGAAGACGCCACAUCUCUUGAUCUGCAUACACUAGCAUUACAUACUAUACAAACCACCAAGACAAGAUGAGUGAAAGAAAUUCAGCAGUAUCUGGUAACAAGGAACACAAGUUCAACCCAAACUUUACGGAUGCAGUGAUCAAUGCGACAGGGCCCAAUGCUACUCCUAGGGUCCGACAGCUCGCGGCGGGGUUGAUACGGCAUCUGCACGAUUUCGCGAGAGAGAAUGAGCUCACAGUUGAUGAGUGGAUGGCAGGUGUACAGCUGAUGAACGAAGCAGGUCGCAUGUCCGACUCUAAACGCAAUGAAGGUCAGCUGAUUUGCGAUGUUCUCGGCCUUGAGUCUCUUGUCGAUGAGAUAACGUACAAGCUCGCUUCCACAGCUGCAGAUGAACCUACCGCUACCGCUAUCUUGGGCCCCUUCUACCGAGAAAACGCACCGGAGCUACCCAUGGGGUCUUGUAUCGUUUCAAAGGAAAUUAACGAACAAGGCGACCGUACUUGGAUGCAUGGAACAGUUACCGACCUCAAAACCGGAGAGCCCAUUGAAGGUGCAGUGGUAGACGUCUGGCACACGGCACCAAAUGGCCUGUAUGAACAGCAGGAUCCCAAUCAACCAGAUAUGAACCUUAGGGGAAGGUUCACAACUGGAAAGGAUGGGACGUAUAGCUUUUACUGUUUACGGCCUGUGCCAUAUCCUAUUCCUUUCGAUGGUCCGGCCGGAAAGGUUCUACAGGCGCUUGACAGGCACCCAAUGCGACCGGCACAUAUACAUUUCUUGCUUACGGCGCCUGGCUACAAGCCUAUUGUUACGCAAAUUUUUGACCGCAAGAGCAAGUACCUUGACGAUGAUGCCGUCUUUGCAGUCAAGGAUUCACUCGUUGUAGACUUCAAGCCUUUCGAGGGUGAUCCGAAAGCAGAUUUUGAGCUGCCGUAUGACUUUAAGAUGGCAAGCUUCAAGGAUGCGGAGAAACACUCCGUUGCGGGGACGACAGAGGAAAGUGCCUAAGUACAACAAUGAAAACAUGCUC